AUGGGAAUGGUUAAGCUUUUUGCGACGCCAUCGAGCCCAUUUUCCUUAAGGAUAGUUUGGGCACUAAAGUUUAAAGGCAUAGACUAUGAAAUCAUAUAUGAGGAUCUUAGCAACAAGAGUCCUGAACUUUUAAGAUACAAUCCUAUUCACAAAAAGAUACCAGUGCUAGUGCACAAUGAAGUACCCAUCUGUGAAUCACUUGUGAUUCUUGAGUACAUCGAUGAGACGUGGAAGGACACUAGCCCAUACUUACCUCAAGACCCCUUUGAAAAAGCCAAAGCACGUUUUUGGGCAAAAUUUGGCGAUGAGCAGGUUAUACCAUCAUUCUACGGUUACUAUAUGAAACAAGGGAAGGAUCAAGAGGAAGCUAAGGUUACAAUAUUGGCCAAUCUAAAACUUAUCGAAGAACUUCUAUAUGAAAAGACAUUCUUUAAUGGGGAAACUUGUGGAUUUUUGGACCUUGCUCUCGGGUGGCUAGCUGAUUGUUCUGGUCCUUUAGAAGUGGUAACCGGUCUAAAACUACUAGAUGAGUAUUCUUUUCCAAAUUUAUGUGCAUGGAGGAAAAAAUUCCUUCAGAUUCCAUCAAAAAUUGAAAGUUGGCCCGAUCAAGAAACUUUAAUAGUUAUGUAUACGAAAAUGAAGGAACGUAGAAAAUCAGAGAAAUAA